GAGAAACCUCUGACGUCAUCUUCACAGGCCGCACCCAUUCCAGGUCUCCGAUGGGUGUAACAGCUGCAGUUAUGAACCUCCGUAUUCCAGGUGCCGAGAAGAUUGCAGCUCUCGAUCGAUACGAUGGGUUCAUUUCAUCUCUGAGUUUGUCAUAUCAUAUCAGUUGUCUGACUACUCCGAAUGAGAAGGACCGUCUUUUUCUUCCAAGAUGAUAUCCUCACUAAGACUUGUUCUUUACUGUUAUGCUGUUAGCAUGGUUGCUGCCGAUGCACCUGUAGCAGAAGAAAUGUUUGGAGGGUCUGGAGACGGAGCUGUUUGCACGUGUCUCAACGGAGGUACAUGUCUGGAAAAUGGCGAUUGCGCUUGCCCUGAAGGAUUUGGAGGCGUUGACUGUGGGUUUAAACUUACAUCAGUAGCGUGUGAAAGUGACUCGAUGACCGUCAUCAUAUAUACAGAUCUCCUUCAGGGCACUGACCCGGAAGAUGUCCAUUUUCGUGACCUUUCCUGCCCAUGUGCCGCCUUUACUCCUACUUAUAUGACUCUGAAUACGACCUAUAAUGAAUGUGGUACCACCAGAACGGAAAAUGACACAACCAUUAUAUUCUCGAAUGUCAUCACUUAUUACAAGCCUAGGUCUCUUCCUGGUACUGAUAUCACCCGUGAAUAUCAGAAGCAGCUUGAGGUUUCGUGCUGUCUUGAUAAGACAUCGCAGGUUGGGCAGUCUUUCAAACCAACGCUCGGUGAAAUAAAGUUUAGCGACAAGGGUUCCGGUCAGUUCCAGCUGUACAUGACAAGGUUCAAGACCAAGUCAUUUGAUGAACCCGAAGAUGACAACGCUGAAGUCUGGCAAAGCCAGGCGCUCUACUUUCAAGUCCAACUUGACUCGGUAGGAGAGGUUGGUAUGUUCAUUAAGCGAUGCUGGGCGACAGCCGACCCAGACCAUGAUUCUACUCCACGACAUGAUUUGUUUACUGACAGAUGCCCUUCUAAUGUGGAUGAAACGGUUCAAGUCUUGUUUCCGGACAAAACGGAUCGAGAAGGAUUUAAGUUUGACGCAUUUGCCUUUGUUGGAGAUUAUAGUAUGGUAUACAUUCACUGUGAAGUGAUGGUGUGUGGAAAUGACGAGGCCAUUAUGAAUCGAGAGUGCUCCGGUACCUCUCCAGUACGCCGUCGUCGAUCUUCUUCAUUCCUGUCCACUCAAACGAUCAGUAGUGCGCCGAUUCGUGUCCGCCGCCAAACCAACGAUAUGGCUACUAAUGAUCUGUCUGCCUACAAUUCGUUUGAGAUGUUCCUAAUUGGAAUGGUCGCAACCGUGGUUGCCGUAGCAACCCUGAUGGGCGUGGUCAAGCUAAUCCGUCGUCCAACCGACAUCAGCUACAAGCGAGUCCCAACUGCCUCCCUGGAAGGGAUUUAGAAGCGAUUAAUGGCCAGAGUGGAAUUCAUAUUCGGAGUUACGUCAAGUGGAUUAGCGCGCUUCUUGACACCCUUGUGCGCAAGGUCAAAGGUCAAGCAUUAACAUUUCAAAAGUUCCUUCAAUGAAAUAGGAAAAGAUCAAUACUGUCUACCGCUCCUAAACAACAAAUACAGAAAAUAACGAUUGAAAAAAAAAUCCGCCGAUGUCAUUCUCCGUAUAUACCACUCUGCCAUCACAAACAAGCACGGAAAUUCUCCUUAAUAAUAUGCUCUUAAAAGAGUCAUAUUAUAGCAAAUAUAAUUCAACUAUAACGUUGAUUUUGAUUUAUUUAAGUAUUUCUUCUUCUUUUUAAUUUACUGCUGGUGGAGGAAUUACAAUCGUGAUUUUUUAUUCUGUUGUAAUGCAUACAAAGACUACUGAAGACUAAAACAAUUUUAAGAAUUAUUUCAAAUACAGUCGUGCCAUUCUAUAGUCAGAAAUUUGCGUUCAUGAUACUCAAAACUAGUUGAUGCUCCUGAACAAAACAACAAAGGCAUAUAAUUGUUAGAAAAAAAAUAAAAAAGAACAAAUAAUACGUUCAAAUCAUUCCUUUAUAUACCACUCUGGGAUCAACCGAAAGUUUGUCUAUCCCUAUUUACAAUUUGCUCUUAAAAUAGUUAUAGGAGAGGAAAUAUAAUUCAACUUAAAUGAUAAUUAUGAUUUAUUUCAGUAUGUCUUCUUAUUUUAAUUCACAGCUGGUGGAGGGCUCUUUUUUUUUGGGGGGGGUGGGGGGGGGGUUGCAUUAUGUUCUAAUGUAAGUUUACGGAAGACGACAUGAGUAUAGUAAAAUCAUUUUAAGAAUUAAUUAAAAUAUAAUCCUAUAAUCCU